GAGGGAUGCUGGAGCGGAACAUGGUGACUGGGACGGACAAUUGUGCAACCCGUCUUGUUCGAGGACGGGGCAUGGAAUGAGGCCACUACUCUAGUGUAGAGUUUCCCUUUUCUGGAAUCGCCUUAUAUUUUUACUUUUGGUUUAUUUUAUACCGGUAUUUACCCCCAUUACCGGUGCCCCACUUGGUAUCUUCUGCAUUUCGCCCUUGGUGGUUUCCUUUUCUUUUCUUUUUCUUUUCUUUUUCUUCUUCUCGUUUCCGCACGCUUUUUCAUUUCAUUUCUUCGACUGCGCUUGGGUUUUGUGUGUUGGAUUACUCGUAGAAUGCCUGGGUUGGUAAGGUUAUGUUAGCGGGAGGGGGGGCUGUACUAGCGACCGGUACCGGGGUGUGACCCGUAAGGGUGGGGAGAGAUAAUGUCACGACAAGGGGUGGAAGGGUAUGUACCGCACAGUACCAGAAAAGGGCAUGGCAGCGUUGGCGAUGUGCCGGUCUUUCCCAGCUUCUCGGGACAUCCAAGCCAGUAUGGUGGGAACUUGUGGUUCCAGCAUCUAGGAACGCGGGAACCAACUAUUGCCGGGGCACUGAGUGGAGACGGUGUUUAGUCCCAAGUAGUCAUUGCUCUGGCAUGGCUUUAUGUAUGGCUGUCACACUUUCACAUAUAAUUGCGCCUAUAUCCGGAACCACCGGGCUUUUUGUCACAGCAAAAAUAGUCGAAGCGGGGGGAGGGGGCUGGUUACAGUACCGGGAGAAGGAAAAGUAAACGAGGGAAAUGUAAAACAGCUGACCCGGGGGCCUGGAAUCGAAUUUCUUAUUUUCCCAUCCUCUCUUAAUGAUUGGCGUUCCCCGACAAAGGGUUUCCUUUGGAACCCUCCUGCCGGUGGGUUGAGCGAGCGAGGGUUGAAUUGGAUUGUUUAUGAUUGUGAUAGAACUAGGAUCUUGGUUAAGUCGAGAGAAAAGGAUGCGGCACUCGAGCAGAAAUGUUUAGCAUUACAGCAAGCCCCUUUCUUGAAAGGUCACUCGUCGGCUCUCCCAUUGUGCUGGGCCAGCGCCUGA